AUGUUCGAACAGGAGUUUGAAGAUGCCGGUUGUCACCAGCGCCGCGAUCCCCGAACCGGCCGUGGCAUUUACCGCCCCGAGAGGGGGCUGGAGCGUUACAUACCGAAACCAUACAACGCGUACUACGACGACGGGGAGAGCGAAGAGGAGGAACCCUACGGUCGGCAAUUCAUAGCCGAAACAGAGACCUUUCACCACACGGUCACGCCAUGGGGGUUGCGCGUCACGCGUAACCACCAGAUGUCCGUAGACGUCUUUGUCCCUCCCGGCCGGAAUGUCAACGCGUUCUUCAGAACAUUCCGAGACGCCGCGGAACCAAUCGACGACCGCUCCGAACUGGCCGCCCCAGCCAGGGCAAGCCCCCCGCAUGCCGAAGCGCGACCGCCAACGCCCGCAUCGGAUCCUCCCCGAUGCCCCAAUCCUCCCGAAGAGUCGGCGGCGGCCACGCCCCCGCACGCCGAAGCGCGACCGCCAACGCCCGCAUCGGAUCCUCCCCGAUGCCCCAAUCCUCCAGAAGAGUCAGCGGCGACCACACCAACGCACGCCGAAGCGCCCCACGCGGAGGCAGCGCAAGGCCCUCCCACUGAAUGGCCCACCGGGGCUACAGAAGAGGGAAACGCCGCUCUGGGGCAAAGUCCAGCGGACUUCUCCCUGAUCGAAGAGCUGAAUCAGCCCACCCAGUGGGUAAUCGCGCCGGCAGAUUGGCAGGUGAACGUCCCAGGCCGGGCCCUACCGGCGGGCCUCAUCGAGGAGAUACACCAGCGGCUGCUGGAAGCGGAGAGGCUCCGUUUCGCGGGAUCGUCACCGCCUCAUUUUUCCCCUUUUUAUAUCUCCAGUUUCCCUUAA